UUUUCCGUCAAACUCGCAUCCAUCUUGUCAGGUUCCGUAACGGAUAACCCAGUUGUGUACAAAAACUUUCUAAAAUAAGUGUUGUAAACAAAAAGGUGCACCGACAUGAGCCGGAGACAUCACCACCACCUCCAGCCCUACGACUACGACCGCUUCAGUGAACACACCCGAGACAGGGAAAGAGAGCGGGAUCAAACGCGCGGAAUCGAAUAUCAAGACGACUCCUUGAGCUCCAUAAACUCCGACGAAGAAUCGUACUUACAUCACCACCCCAGCAAAGACAAAAAGGCCAACUUUUACAGCACCAAAAAUGAAUCCAGCAGCAAACAAACCAAAGCCGACAAGUCCACCAACAGUGAGUCAUACCACCAGAAGGACGUCAAGGCCACAAAUCAGUUCAGCGCUGGCAAUUCGGACGCCACCGGAGAACGACUGGCGCGUCUCGAAGGUAUGUUGGAGCAACUCAUAAAGAGGAGCAGUCAACCGCCCCCGGAAGCCCCACCUACUACGGCUGUUAAAGUAUCGGAGAAGCAACCAACGGAAAGGCGGGGACAGUUUAGUUUGGAACCGCGGCGGCACGACUUCACCACGUCCAUGUGGAUCAACAAAAUUCAAGACGUCUCUAUCCAGAACAACUGGGAUGAAAAAACGACAAUUUCGUACAUGGGGAGUCAAAUGUCGGGGAUAAUCAAAGCGUGGUAUAACAGUCUGCCGAGUUACGACUACACGUGGCCCGAGUGGAAGAUCCUCAUCUCGAAAAUGUUCCCCGACAACACUGAUUUCAUCACCUCUUUAAAACGACUAGUGACGCGACUUAAACAAGCCGACGAGAGCAUGACCGCCUAUUACUUCAGCAAAAUGUACCUGAUUGAAGCCUGUAAAAUCACUGGAGAAGACGCCGUUUCGUGUCUCAUCGACGGACUCAACAACCAAUCUAUACAAGAACAAGCCAAAUCGCAAAAUUACCUCACCCCGGAGACUCUCUACUCCCAAUUUCUCACCGUUUUACCAGAAUACACCGUCGAUUACUCUCCCGCGCUAGCCCCAAACGCGGACGCAGUUUUAAAUAACUGGUUGUAUGAAGAGCAACAAGCCAUGGAGGACGCUGCUGAAAUUUCAGCCCACACUGAAGAAGUCUUCGAGUAUGAAAAGGACCCAAUGAGGGAAGAUUUUGAUUACCAUAAUCCAGGAAGUCAGGGUUUUCGUGAAAACGAGGAUGUUGGAAGGUCGCUGAAAUCUCCACCGAAGCGGACAGCCCCCGUGCAUUCGCGGCUCGACAAGAGGUUUAUCCGGCACAAUAAUAACUUCAGACAUCAGAAUAAAGUACCCAUGGCGGCGAAAGUGUGCACAGUAUGCGGGAAUCGAGGACAUCUGGCGAGGAAUUGCAGAAAGGCUGAGAAGAUGAUGUACUGCAAGUUACUUAGUCAAACUCACAGUAGUUGUUUGUAUAAGAAUUGUGUGGUUAAUGGACGCACAAUGGACGCUUUCGUGGACACGGGAUGCACCGCUGUAACGAUUAAAAAGGGAGCCAUCAGUGGCUUGGAUCUCAACGUUGUGGGAGGGUCAAACUACCUGGAGAUUUAUGGUGGAGGAGUCGUUCCGGUCUUAGGGGAAACAAAGAUUACUCUAGAAGUGGGGUCAGUUAGAGCCUUAAUCAAAGCUAUAGUUGUCCCAGAUCACAUGCAAGAGGUUUCUGUUGUUAUUGGGCAAGAAUUCCUUAAUCAGAAGAAUGUGUGUAUGGUUCUGAAAAGAGAAAAAUUAAAUUUCUUUAAGGCACCCCAUAAACUAACAGAUUAACUUUUGACUUGUUUUUGAUUCGCAUUUGAUGGCCAUGCCUGGUUCAAGAAAUAUCUUCCUGGUUUCAGUUAUAACUUUAAGAAAACUCAGAUUGUGUUCAAAAUUUGUAUACCAAAUAUGAGGGUUUCUUCAUGUUGUAAUUAAGAAAAUAAAACUGUUGUAUU